AUGACGAUACCAACCGGCUCCCCGCCGUCCGAGCUGCUUCCCAAAGCACUCUCCUACCUAGCUAUGGAGGUCGGCAAGGCCGCCCCGCUUGGCCCAUCAGGCGUGCUCGCCCCUCUGUCCGCCUUCCUCGGUCUUCUGGCGCGGCACCGCACUUCUGCCCCUCUGGGACCAUUACAUGCCUUCAGCACACUGUGUGACGAGUCUCCGGAAUCCAUCUCUCUCCCGCUGGCAUGCGACGCGCUCCUCGCCUACCCCACGGCCGUCAGCGUGCUGGACCCGGCGCUCUCGCACCUGAAGCUCGACUGGGACGGGCUGCUGUCUGCUCUGCCGUCGCGCGUCAGCGCUCCGGGGGGCGUGCGCGCAGUUCGCCUGGCACACAGCCUGCUGCGACUGAGGAGUACGGAGAAUGCCGUCGUCAAGCACUCCGAGGCACUCAUGCGCGCGCUCGCCAAGGCGUACGGCGGAGCGGACACGAGGUCGAAGGGCGAGAUGCUGGUCCUCGCGCGCGCACUCGUUGGUAAGGACCACGAGCUGCGGCGCCUGCUCGAGAACGAGGGGCCGAGGGGCGUGCCCCUCGUGAACCAGAGUAUGGGACGGGACUACGCCGAUCUGUUCGAGGCGCAUCGCGCGCUCGGUGACGCUGAGGCGGCGGCUACACGCGGCGCACACGACGAGGAGCACGGGACGGACCCGCGCCUGGCGAACCUCACAGCCCUCUUCCCGCACAUCCCAGCGCAUCUGCUCAGCGACGCGCUCGCGCAUCCCAAUUUCACUGCCGCGGGAGCUAACACCGACGACGCAGCUGCACCGCUCAUCGACGCCAUUCUCGGCAACGAGCUCCCCGCCGAGCUCUCGGCGCUCAAGGCUGCUGCCUCCGCAGAUGGGCCUGCUGCCGCCGCGUCGCCUGUUGCGCCGACCGUUGAACCAGUGCCGGAACCAGCGCCCGCGCCGCCGCGGCGAUCGCAGUUCACGGACGCGGAUCUGGCCAAGCUCAGAAUCAAGGAUACUGAGACAGUACCGGACUUGGACCUGGGACGCGAGAUCCCGAACCAGCUGCGCGACUCCAUCCUGCGCCUCGUGCAGGCGCAAGAGGAGGAGGCAGAGGAGGCCGCGCGCGCCAUCGCCGAGGCACGGGGCUACGCGUCCGACGAGGAGGAGUACCAGCGCGUAAUCGCGACGCGAGACGGGGGCGAGACGACGGACCGGGACGAGGAGGAAGUCGACCUGGCCAGCGAACGGUCUUCAUCACCGCCACCGGGCCUCGAGCGUCCCUCCAAGUCUCACGCGCAGACACAGACCAAGCUCGAACUCGCAUACCUCCGUACGCCCGAAGUGUUUGCGCGCGACAGCGCAACGCGCAGGUCUAAGGCGCGCCAGCAGCUGCGCGAGGACACGGGCAUGGACGACGGGCAGAUCGAGGGGUGGAAGAUCAUGCUCGAGCGGAAUCCCAACAAGGGCAGCAGGGGGCACAGCAACGCCGCGCGCGUCAGUGGGCGGGACAAGAAGAUGUCCAAGAUGGGCGCGGGGCUCUAG